GUACGUUUCCGCGUUAAGGCAAAAUGUCGUCUGCUAGGCGCGUCGUCUGGCACCGGGUCGCAUUCGUGACGCAAAGAUCGCCGUGAUAAGUGAUAAGAGAAAUAGAGUUCGGUGUGUAUGAGUGCCGCGUGGUUAGUCUUCGACGGUUAAGCGUCGUUGUAUCGUGUGCUUUUAUCGAUCUAAGAUAUUGUGAUUAAUAAGAAGAGAUAUAUAUAUAUAUAUAUAAAAUAUAUAUAUAUGUAUGUAUGUGUGUGUAUAUAUAUGUAUCGAAAAGAAAAACAUAGGAAAUAUAUAUAUAUCGGUGAGUUUUCAGUGAGGGACAACAACACAACGAGGAAGACGAACAAGUGAGAAAGUUCGAUGUAAGAGUAGAAAGAGGAACUUUUGCAUGAUAAUGCAAGCGUGACAUCGCCGAUUUCGUUACGGUUAUAUAUAUAUAUAUAAUUUUUUUUUCUUCUCCUCCCUCCCCGCUGCUGAAAAAACGGUACAACGACGAAAACUAAGUGGAUCUGUUGGAGAAAGAGAAACAAGAAGAGGAGAAAGAAAUGGAAGAAUAGAAGAGGAAAGUAACGAAAUAUAUUAACGACAAAGACGAGAACUACGGUGUUCCGAACGACUCCAUGCCCUUCUACGUAGAUAAGACAUCCUCGUCAUCGUCGUCGUCGUCGUCGUCGUCGUCGUCGUCGUCGUCGUCGUUUCGCGGCACGAGGCAUCGCCGACCGCGAGAUGCGCGACGAAUAACGGCGCAUCUUCGACCACUUUACAGGAGUUCGAACAAAAAUGGAGUUCGAGCUGGAUGGCAGUUUGAAGGAAUGGGCCAAGGAUAAACCGCUAAGCAUCCUUCAACUGGAUCCUGCUGAUAGGGCUGUUUUGAGGAUUGCUGACGAAAGAGACGCCAUACAAAAGAAGACCUUUACGAAAUGGGUGAACAAACACUUGAAAAAGCAUUGGAAAUAUGUCAAGACUUACACGUGCCUGCACGUGUGCGUUCUUGUCAACAACCAACCAUGCUGCUCCCCCACCGCCAGCAGACAUGUCGGAGACCUGUUCGAGGACCUGCGGGACGGGCACAACCUUAUCUCCUUGUUGGAAGUACUCUCAGGGGAGCAUCUUCCACGGGAAAGAGGAAGGAUGCGUUUCCACAUGCUGCAAAACGUACAAAUGGCACUCGAUUUUCUUCGAUACAAGAAAAUCAAGCUUGUAAACAUACGUGCCGAGGAUAUCGUUGAUGGCAAUCCUAAAUUGACACUUGGCCUGAUUUGGACCAUCAUACUGCACUUCCAGAUAUCAGACAUUGUAGUAGGUCAAGAACCAAAUGUGACAGCUCGAGAAGCUUUGCUAAGAUGGGCAAGACGUUCAACAGCUCGUUAUCCUGGUGUCCGUGUGACAGACUUUACUUGUUCCUGGAGAGAUGGUUUAGCGUUUAGUGCACUUCUCCAUAGAAACCGUCCAGACCUCGUCGAUUGGAGAAGUGCUCGUGCAAGUCAACCUCGAGAACGGCUCGAUCGGGUCUUCCACGUCGCCGAGCGCGAGUACGGCGUUACGAGGCUUCUCGAUCCAGAAGAUGUGGAUACACCGGAACCGGACGAGAAGUCUUUGAUAACGUACAUCUCUUCGCUCUACGACGUGUUCCCUGAGCCACCCCCAAUUCAUCCCCUUUAUGAUACCGAAGCCCAAAGACGAUCAGCUGAGUAUCGUGAACUUGCUAGCUCUCUACACCUUUGGAUACGUGAAAAGAUGACUUUAGUACAGGAUAGAUCUUUCCCGCCAACUUUGAUCGAAAUGAAAAAACUCGCAGCUGAUAGCUCUAAAUUCAAAAACGAGGAAGUACCGCCAAGAUACAGGGACAAGCAAAGAUUGUCUUAUAUCUUUAGAGAUUUGCAGAAAUAUUUUGAAGCUGUUGGUGAGGUCGAUAUGGAACCAGAAUUGCACAUCGAUGUGAUUGAAAAGAAUUGGAGCAGACUAAUAAUGUUACAUCAAGAAAGAGAACAGGCUAUUAUUGAUGAAAUCAAACGACUCGAACGACUUCAACGGCUUGCCGAGAAAGUUCACCGUGAGAUGAAGUCAACUGAUAAUCGUCUGGAAGAAUUGGAAAGACGCGUGGAAGACGAGGCUCGACGUCUCGAUCGUCUUCAUCCUUUAGAAGCUAAACAUGCGGUUGACCUGCUGGAACAGGACAUUCGCAAUACCGAAAUUCAAAUACAGAAUAUUUUUACCGAUGUACACACACUCACCGAAGGCAGAUACAGUCAAGCUGCUGAACUUCACAAGAGGGUGCAGAAACUACAUCAACGUUGGGUAGCAUUACGUUCUCUAUUGCACAAACGUUUGGUACAACCACUUUCCGCGGUGUCCUUCCCAGUAGAAGAACGAGUUGUCACGAAGCAUCGAACGACAGUUCACGAAACGAGAUUGGUAGAUACCAAUCCACAUUUCCGUUCGUUACACGACUGCAUCGAUUGGUGCAAGGCUAAAUUAAAACAGAUCCAAGAAGCUGAUUACGGCUCGGAUUUGCAAAGCGUUCAAAACGAAUUCGACGUUCAUCAGAAGGAACAUAAAAAUAUUGAUCAGUUCCGUUCGAAAGUAGACAAGUGUGUUCAAGCUAAAAAUAAUUUCCACGGGGAGGAAUUGACUUUGUAUAGUCAGCAUCUCAGCAAUUUACAGAAACUUUAUUCUGAACUUUUGGCACUAUCGAACAAGAGACUUUCCGAUUUGGAUACUUUACAAGAUUUUAUACAAUCUGCUACUGGAGAACUUGUGUGGCUUAAUGCUAAGGAAGAGACCGAGGUGACAAGAGAUUGGAGCGAUAAGAACCUUAACGUUCAAAGCAUCGAACAGUAUUACGAGCGUACAUACGGAUCUGGAAUUGAGUCCCUGAUGAGUGAUUUGGAGAAACGAGAAAUACAAUUUUCUGCUGUACAAGAUAGAGGAGAAGCAUUGGUCCUGCAGCAUCAUCCAGCAGCAAAAACGAUCGAGGCCUAUAUGUCAGCGAUGCAGAGUCAAUGGGCUUGGCUCCUUCAGCUAACUCUAUGUCUCGAAGUUCAUCUGAAACACUCCGCGCAUAGUCAACAAUUUUUCAAGGAUAUUCAACAGGCUGAACAAUGGAUUUCUAAGAUAGACGAAACACUUAACACGAUUUAUUCGCAAUCUGAUUUCUCUCUAGACGAAGGUGAACGAUUGUUAAAGGGUAUGCAAGAACUUAGAGAAGAACUUAAUAAUUAUGGUGAGCACGUUCAGAGAUUGGUCGAACAGGCUAAAGAAGUUAUACCGAUGAAACAAAGAAGACAACCAGUAACGAGACCAUUGCAAGUUACUUGCGUUUGCAAUUACAAGCAAGUAAACAUGUCAAUCGAGAAAGGAGAACAAUGUACUCUCUAUGACAAUUCUGGUAGAGUUAAAUGGCGUGUGAAGAACUCGCAAGGCGUCGAAUCACCUGUACCAGGUGUCUGUUUUUCACUUCAUCCACCAGAUAAAGAUGCAUUGGAUGCUGCUGAACGAUCAAGACGACAAUACGAUAGAAGCGUAUCUUUGUGGCAACGCAAACAACUAAGACUCAGACAGAACAUGAUUUUUGCUACCAUCAAGGUGGUCAAGGGAUGGGACUUACCUCAGUUCUUAGCUAUGGGACAAGAUCAACGUACUGCUAUUAGAAAAGCUUUGAAUGAGGAUGCUGAUAAAUUACUUAGCGAAGGUGAUCCAGCUGAUCCACAAUUGAGAAGAUUGAAACGUGAGAUGGCUGAUGUUAAUAGGCUCUUCGAUGACUUCGAGAAACGUGCCAAAGCCGAGGAGGAAUCUAAAAACGCUGGUCGAAUUUUCAACGAACAGGUGUCCUCGCUUCAGCAAGCGCUCGAUGAAGCUGAACGUAUUAUAAAUGCACGUAUUGAGGCUCCAUUACCAAGAGAUCUCGAUAGCCUCGAACAUUUGGUAUUAGAACACAAAGAUUAUGAACAAAAUUUGCAACAAUUGGCACCGGAAGUCGAUCAAGUACAACAGACUUUCCGUGGUAUUACUUUGAAAACCCCAGCAAUGAGAAAUAAACUCGAUAGCGUAAUGACCAAAUGGAAUCAUCUUUGGAAUCUUAGCAAUCUUUACAUAGAACGUUUGAAAUGCGUAGAAAUUGUACUUUCUAGUCUCGAAGAAAAUACCACGGUUAUAUCCGAAUUUGAAAUAAAAUUGGCAUCGUUCGGUGAAUUACCGUCGGACGUUAAAGGUCUUCAAAAUGUUCUCGAGGAUCUCAUGAUCCUUCAAAAUGCCAUUGCUCAGCAACAGUCAUCCAUUGAUCAAUUGAACGACGACGCCCACAACGCCAGACGUCUCGUUGAAAAAUCAAGACAUAAUCAUCAUGGACCACACGGUGAUAUGGACAGAUUAGAUUCCGAGGUCAACAGAUUGAACGCUAGAUGGACUAAUGUUUGUGGUCAGCUCGUUGAUAGAUUACGUAGUGCGGAAGCGGCUUAUAGUCUCGCACAACAGUACCAUAAUUCGUAUCAAAAUGAGGUUGACUUCAUCGACGAAUGCUAUAUGAAACUCGAAUUGGAGAACGCUAAGAAUUUGUUAAACAGAGUUGUGGAUCGUGCUCCAGCAAUCGAAGCAGUCAACGUUACUGGUGGAAGAUUAAUUCGCGAAGGCAAGAUCUAUGGACAAAGGCUCAGAGCAUUCAAAGAACAGCUGGAAGAAGUGUGCCCAUCGUUGGAUGCAUCAGUGAAAAGACCACGUAGAGAACCGGUAACUACGGUGGAUGGAGUUGCGCGUGACCUUGACACACUAAAUAGAAAAUAUACUACCCUAUUGAGUCUACUUCAGGAACGAGUUAGGCAGUUGGCCUUGUUAUAUCCCGAAGAUAUCUCUUUGCAGCGUGCUCUUCAAGAGCAACGACCUCUGCGGACAUUCCGCACGGAAUUUAACAUCUACGAGAGUACAACUAGCGAGGAACGUUAUACCUCAACAACGACACAUUACACUCAAUCGCAGUACAUCACAGAAAAACACGAAUCAACGGAGACCAGUGUGAGUAGCGAUUCCGUUCGUCGUAGUACAAGUCGUGAAUCAUCGCCAUUGAAACGUGCAAGAACAGAGGGACAACAAGAUGUUGGUUAUUCUCCUCGAAUCAGUGGCGUUACCGAGACGUCAACGACGACGACGGAUUCUACUACCGACGCUCGAAGCACCAUGCAAUUUAGCGAAAUUAGGAGUCUUAAGAGGAUACACAGGGCUGAGGAGGGUAUCAGUACGGACAACGUGAUAGAUGCUAGGGGUAUCGUUCAUCCAAGUACUGGGAAGGUACUAACGGUUGGCGAAGCUAUAAGACUUAGGAUUCUUGAUGUUAGAAAUGGUAGAAUAGCAACCUCGAGCGACGCGAAAACAAGCGUGACGAUUGAGGAAGCUGCGCGAAUGAAUCUGAUAGAUGGAAAUCUGGCGAAUCACUUAUUGGGACCUUGUGGGGUAACGGAGGACGGUCGACAAAUCUCACUACUCGAGGCUAUUCAACAGGAGCUCUUUGAUGCCGAGAGAGGGGAUGAUAGAGUUAAGGUAACGACCAGUUUCUCGGGUGUUAGCGUUGCCGAUGCGAUGAGCGAGGGUUUGUUGGAUCCAAUAACGGGUCAAGUUAUUACGGCCAACGGUGAAAGAAUCUCCAUCGAGGAGGCAUACUCUAGGGGUUAUUUAACGAAACUCGAUGUCACGGUUAAAGUUAAAAAGAACGCUCUUGCACUUUCCGACGCGAUAUCCCAAGGUCUUGUCGACGAUAGGUCAGGUCGUAUUCUUGAUAGAGUUACUGGGGAAUAUUAUCUAUUGAAUGAAGCUAUAGAAAAAGGUGUUAUUGAUCCUGAUGUUAAGGAAGUGGUCGAUGCGCGUAACGAUAUCAAGUUGACGGUAGCUGAAUCAAUACAGCAAGGUAUAUUGAAUCCAAAGAGUGGUAGGUAUAUGCACGGUUUAUCAAUGGAAAGAUUAUCCUUGAAGGAGGCACGUCGAAGGCAACUUAUCGUUAAACCGAUGACUCUUAAGGAUUGUUGCGAUUUAGAAAUAAUCGAUGAAACUGGUAGGAUAGCCAGUCCAGCGCAUCGGAAAAAAUUGACUGUAUUGGAAGCCAUAUCGAGAAGUGUCUUAGAUUCAGAGAAUCUCAAAUCUAUAACGGAUACGAAAGCCGGAGAACCGAUUACUUUGUCAGAUGCAUUGUCCAAAGGCGUUGUUAAACCGGAAGGUACAUUCAAAGACACUUUAAAAGACGAGGAAUUGAGUAUACAGGAGGCGGUAGAUAAGGGCUUGGUCAUGUCAAUCACACAAAAGACUAUUUUUGAUAUCGAUGGUUUUAAAGAUCCCGUUUCUGGAGAAUACAUCAGCUUAAACUCUGCUCUUUUAAAAGGUUUGAUAAGUCCAAAAUCAGGAGGUUCUUAUAUAAUCGAUUUAAAAACUGGAAAAACAGUUCCCUUGGACGUAGCCGAAGAACAGGGCUUCGUUAGAUCAACGGUAUCGGAAAUGCUUAAUUGUGGUAUUGGAAUUACGGAGGAGGGUCGUGAAAUUAGUGUGUUAGAAGCUGUUUUAUUAGAAUUAGUCGAUCCAAAAUCAGGUCAACUGUUGGAUCCACGAACUAAAAGAAUAGUUCCUUUGGAAGAUGCCAUUAAACGUGGAUUAAUUACACCAGACGGAGCUGCGUUGCUUACAAGUCUGUUAAAUAUCGCUGUAACGACCCAAACAGUUACCAAAACUGUGAAAAGAUAUGUAACCGUAUUGGAGACAGGAGAAGUGAUCAAUCGAGAUUGUAAAAUCACUUAUGCAGAAGCUAUUGAACAUGGUUUAAUCGAUCAAACUAAUAAAAUCUUCACGGAUCCUGACAGCGGAAAGAUUAUGAGUGUUCAUCAAGCUAUAGAAGAAGGUUUGCUUGGUAAACAAAUGGAAGAAACGCCUGCUGGAAAAAUACAUUUCCCAUCUAAACAAGUCACUUUUGAAACUACCCUAGUCACAAACGUUGGUAACGUUGAUAGUUCGGAUGAAAGAGAGAAAUCGCAACCGAUAGCAAUUGGAACGACUACGACUAUUAUAACUAAAGAAAUCGUUCCACCGAGCAAAGACAAGUUAACACAAUCUACAAUUACUAAACCUUCAGUCGUUUCAACGACUUACAUACCUUCGUCAUCGAUCGAAUCUACCAUUAAAAAUGGUACGGUAUCUCCAAUGAAAACUAGUCCACCAUCUUCACCAGAUAAUAUCGAUAGAUCAGGAUCCAAGUCGAAGAGUCCUUCGCAGCAUAGAGAAGAACAAAAAAUGAUGAUCGAUUCGAAUUCAUUCUCGACUAAUAAAGAUUCGAAUGAAACGAAAAUUGAGACGCAAAGUUCAGUGACAACUACUAGAAAUCAUAAAUCAGAAGUUAGUUCGUUUAUAGAAAGUGAACGUAUUUUAACAGAGAAACGAGUGUUCGAGUUACCAUCCGAUGGUUGGACACUUGCUGAUGCCAUUAAUCAGAAACUGUUCGAUCCAGCUACUGGUUUGUUUAUUAUACCAGGUACUGAUAGAUUAGUAUCAUUCGAGGAAUGUAUAAAAUUACAAAUCAUUAAUCCAAAUUCUGCAGCUGUGAUUGAUCCAAAUAAUGGAAGGAAAGUGUCAUUAAUGAGAAGUUUGGAAAAAAAUAUUUUAGAUUCCACGGGGCAUUAUACUCAUCCACAAAAAAUGUCUAUGAAAGAGGCAAUAGAAAGGCAGUUGGUAAUACUUCAAUAUAAAUCCUCCGAUUUCGAUGAAACAAAUCAAAGACUAUUACAAAUCACUAAAAUUUCUGGGAAGCCUGAUAAAGUAGAAUUAACACACGUUGAUGAUCCAACGAAGGAUACUGAAAUCAAGGUAACAGACGAAUCGUCCAUUCUGGAUCCUGUACAAGUAUCGCGAGGUGUAAUUUAUGAUCCUGCAACGGCAUUAGUUAUCUCGACCGAUAAUGGUACAUCCGCUGACUUAUUAAAAGCUGUCAACGAUGGUACUUUGCAGUCUAAAGAUGUAAUAGUUCGUGAUCCGUCAACUGGUAAAAACAUUGCAAUGCCUGAAGCAGUGGAACGUGGUAUACUCGAUUCAAAGACUGGCGAAUAUAAAGUCGACGAUGAUAGAAAAUUGUCUUUGCUCGAUGCAACUAAAUUUGGUUUGGUAGCAGUCGUUGGUGCUCCUUUGGUGGCAGCAGCAGCUGCCGUUGAAGCUGUUAAAAAGACUAUGAUCAAAGAUCCUAAGACAGGAGAGAAAAUACCUCGAGAAGUUGCUAUAGAACGUGGUCUUGUCCCACCAGAAGAAGUAUUGAAUGUUAAAUCAUCACCAGAUAUUACUGCAACAGAAACUCUAUUAGAAGAUUUACGAGCAAGUACAGACAUUCCGGUAUCUGAUCUUAAAACGAAUGAAAGCGUAUCGUCGGGCGAUGUUGAACCAUCGAGACAAGAAAAUGAUGAAAACGUAGAAGUAAAGGAUACGGUUGUUACGAAACCAUUUACACCUGAAGAAGAUAGUACCGAUAGAGCGUCGUUGGUAGCUAAAACAAGAGCAAGAGUAACUACGGAGCCAAAGUAUACAGUAACGAUUGGUAAAGCUAGAUCAUUUUCGCAAAGUCCAGAAAGAGAAGCUAAACCGAUCGUGCUUCAAAAAAUGAAGAAGAGAAUUGUUAAAGCUAGCGAAGCUAUGGAAAGUGGUCUAAUCGAUAAAGAAACGAUACAAAUUAUUGAAACUGAGAUCUCUGGAGAUGGAGAAAAGAAAAUGACAUUGUCCGAAGCUAUUGAAAGUAAUAGGAUCGAUGCUGAUAGUGGUAAAAUCGUAGAUCCACAAAGGGGUGAUGUUUUAUCCAUAAAGGAAGCUAUCAAUCGUGGAAUCUUAGAUCCAGAGAAUGCAGAUUUACUUCUUCCCUUAGCAAAGAGUCUUUCAAUUCCAGAAUUAUACAAACAAGGUCUGUUAGAUCCUCAAGAAGGCAAGAUUGUUCAUCCAGAAACAGGUGCUCAUCUUACUCUAAACGAAGCCAUAGUUUGUGGAAUAGUCGAUCCAUUAUCAAAAAUAAUUCAACCAAACGGACAAUCAGAUACUUUAGAAAAUGCCAUCGCAAAUGAUGUAAUCGAUGCUGACAGAUCAUUAGUUAAAUUCGAAGAUGGUUGCGUUAAUUUAGUUAAAGCUGUGGAAGAAAAUGUAUUUGAAAAGUGUGAGACGAAUAAAUCUUUUGAUUUACCACCAACUGGUAUGACUUUCCCAGUUGCUUUGAAACGUGGCUUGAUCGAUCCAUCCAAAAAUGAAAUUAGACAUCCUAUCACAGGUGAAAAUAUAUCUUUGAAAGAUGCUAUAGCAUCUGAUUUUAUAAUGACUCUACCUUAUCCAGCUGCGCCAGAUAGUAUUAAAGUAACAGAAGCUCUCGAGUCAGGUCUUAUUGACAAAGAGAAGGGUGUGUUUAUUCAUCCUACAACUGGUACAUCCAUACCAAUAGUAGAAGCUGUAGAAUCUGGUCUUCUGAUUGUAAAAACACCAGUAAAAGAUGAAUGCAUCAGUACGAUUACCGAAACAGUGACAUCUUAUCAUACGAUUACCACGAAAACUAUCGAACUUCUGCCAGGAUAUGUUUUGUUAAAUGCAAAACUAGUUCAGAAUCUUGAAACCGGUGAUACUCUUACGAUCGAAGAGGCACGUGAUCAAGGAAUUGUUAAAGAUGAAUCUGAGAAGAAAGAAGAGUUUACAACCAAGGACAUAAGGAUUACUUUCAGUGAUGCUGUAGAAAAGGGUUUGGUUGAUAUGAAUGCAGGAACUUAUACCGAUCCUAAUACAGGUGCUAUUAUGCCAAUUUCAAAAGCAGUAGAAGUUGGUAUUCUUGAUACCUCAGUCCAUACUAAUGAGCCCAGUACUUCUAUACCAACUACACAAAACAGUUUGACCAUUUUAGAAGCUAUAGAACAAAUUUAUGAUGAUAAGACCGAAUCUUUUACUGAUCCUGAAUCGAAAAAAUCGUACAAUUUAACCGAAGCAAUAGAAGUUGGCUUGAUCGAGCCUGAUUCUGUUUUGUACGAUGUAAAAAAAGGAGAAACUAUAACAACGAAAGAAGCUGUAGAAAAAGGUCUGCUCGAUCCUCAAACCGGUAAAAUAAAACAAAAAGAUGGAGGAAGCUCAAUGAGUAUUACUCAAGCCGCAAAACUCGGGCUUUUAGCGGUUGUCGCUGCUCCCGUUUUAGCUGGAAAAGCUGUAGUCGAUGCGAUUCAAACAAGAGGAACUAAAAAAUCUAGUUCACCUGUAGAAUCUACCUCAGCAGUAGAACCUACCUCAAUUGCUGCAUUAACACAAAGUAAAAUCGAUGCGGUAGAAGAUAGUAUCUCAAUAUCUGCAGCAACACAAAGUAAAGUCGAUGUAGUACAACCUGUCACAGUUUCUGCAGCAACACAAAAUAAAGUCGAUGUAGUAAAACCUGUCACAGUUUCUGCAGCAACACAAAGUAAAGUCGAUGUAGUAGAACCUGUCUCAGUUUCUGUAGUAUCACCACAAAGUAAAGUCGAUGAAACGAUUGAACCCGAACUGGUUCAAAAAUUACCCGACGAAGUAGAAGGAGUUCCAUUGGAUGAAGAAUCCAAACUUCUAUCUACACCAAAGGCUAGUGCAAAGGAAGUUUUACAAAAAGAAGAAAAAGAAGUGUGCGAUUCGUUCAUCGCUAAUGAAAAAUUAACAGCACCGAUAGAAGAACCUCAAACAACAAAAAUAUCUGAUACAACUGAUAUAGAAGAACUAGAUCAACAAGAAAGAGAAGAUAUAGAUCAACAGGAAAGAGAAGAUAUAGAUCAACAGGAAAGAGAAGAUAUAGAAGAUGCAGAUGAAAAAUCUGAAGAGAAAUUGUCGCAAAUAGUCGUAUCGAAGGAUUUAUCACCACGAGAUCUAGCUGCUCGAGGUCUAUUUAAUAUGGAAAACGAAAGAUUCGUUGAUCCUACAACAGAUAACAUUGUUUCAUUCAACGAAUUCGUUCUCGAUUUACAAAUCUUUGAUCCCGACAACGUGUGGGUUAAAGAUCUAUCAAAGAAGUCUGAUAAAUAUGUCACUCUUCGAGAAGCAAUCGAUAGACCACUCGUAGAUAGAAAUGUAGGGUAUAUGGUAGAUCCUAAAAGUGGUAAGAAAAUACCAUUCUUCGAGGCAGUCAAACUUGGAUGGAUUGAACAAAGACCUAGCAGUGUUGAAAAGGAACCUUUAACUUUAAGCUUACAAGAAGCAGUAGAAGUAGGUGUUUGUGAUCCUAUUAACGCACAAUUUCAUGAUCCGAAAUCUGGAGAACCAUUAUCUUUAUCUGAAGCAGUCGAAGUUGGCCUGAUCGAUGCUGAUUCCCUAGCUAUAAGAAAUCCAAUUAGUGAUGAAAUAUUACCUCUAUCUGAAGCAUUAGAAUCCGGUGUGAUAGAUCUUCAUAGAGGGGUCAUUAUCAAUAUUGAAACAAGGACAGAAAUUGAUAUCAAGGUUGCUUUCUUAAAGGGUAUGAUAGUACCACGUGCUAGAAAACCAAUUUCUCUCGAAGCUGCGAUAAACAAUGGCAUAUACGAGCCUAAUACAGGAAAGAUACAAGAUCCGUUGACUAAACAAUUCGUAGAUGUUGAAGAAAGUGUUCGAAGAGGUAUAAUCGAUGCUUUCAUCACCGAAUGUCAGGAUACUAAAGCUGGCUCUUUCGUUUCUCUCGACGAUGCACUAACUAUAAAUCUAUUAAACUCAAAAAUGGGACGUUUGCAAGAUACAAAAGCUGGCGAACUUCUUCCUUUGGAUACAGCAUUAAACAGAGGCUUGAUCAUAACGACACCAUUCGUGCCUUCUUUAAUAGAUGUUAUAGCACAAGAAUAUUACUCUCCUAAAACUGGUCUUGUUCUUAAUCCUGUGAACGGUGCAGAAAUGACAAUAAAAGAAGCUUUAACUACUGGCUAUAUCGACGACAGAACAACUAUGAUAAAGGAUGACAGACGUGAUAAAGUCGUGUCGAUUAAAGAGGCAGCAGAAACAUUAUUAAUAGAUUUACAAAGUGGUUUAUUAAAUUAUCCUCAUUCCAUGACAUUAGACAUUGCAUUUGAAAAGGGUUAUUUGUUAAGUACAACCAAACCUUGGACGUUACAAGAAGCUCUUGCUCAUCAGACUUAUGAUCCUAAAACAGGUACCUUCACUAUCGAUGGAGAAAGUUAUGUGUUAGAAGAGGCUAUUGCCAAAGGUAUAAUUAAUCAAGAUAGUCCAUCGAUCAAAGAUCCACGAAAUAACGAUAUUAUAUCUCUUGGUGAUGCUAUCAAACGUGGCCUUAUCAAUCCAAAAAGUGGAACAGCUAUUGAUCCUUCCACAGGUGUACCACUUUCUUUAACUGAUGCAUUGGAUCGUGGCCUGGUAGUUCCAGCAAAACGAAAAAUAUCUUUACCAGAAGCCAUAUUCAAAGGUUUUUAUGAUCCAAAGACUGGUCACUUCAUUAUUCCAGACACACAAGAAAAGUUGCCAACUGAUCGUGCUAUUAAAAAAGGUGUCAUUGAUACGACUACAGCAAUCGUUCGACAUGAUAGUGGUGAUGUAAUUACGUUCACCGAAGCUAUAGAAAAGCUCAUAGUUGAUCCAAAAACUGGAACAGUAGCUACCGAAAAAGGACGACGUUUAGAUUUUCACGAAGCUUUAGAACGUGGUCUUCUUUUGGAAACACGUAGACCAAUGAGCUUCAGUGAAGCAAUCUCAAAAGGUAUAUUAGACGAUAAAACCAAUACAUUUUUGGAUCCUCAAACUGGUACUUAUUUAACAAUAUUGGAAGCUAUACAAAAACAUCUGAUAGAUGCAGAUUCUGUAACAGUAAAAGAUGUUAGAUCACCGUUCUUAAAAACAAUGCCAUUGAUGGAAGCAAUAGAAUUAGGCUAUGUCGAUGGAAAUACUGGACGUGUUAAAGAUCUCAACAAAAGUAACAUUGAAAUAUCUUUACGCGAUGCUUACGAAUCCGGCUUGAUCAUAGACAAUAAAGCGGCCGUAUCUUUGCAACGAGCCGUUCAUCAAGGAUUAUACGACGAUAAGACUGGAAAAAUCAUUGAUCCUGGCACUAACAGAGCUGUAACUCUUCACGAAGCUAUGAGAAAAUGUAUCAUUGGACCUACCUUACCUUGCUAUUGGGAUAAAAGAUCAGAAAGACUCUUGUCGCUUGCUGAAACUUGUCGUGCUGGUGUAAUAGACAGACGUUCAGGCAUGUUCAAAGAACCUGGUGCCAAUUGUACAGUAACUUUAUCUCUUGCAUUACAACAUGGGCUCAUCGUUGAUAUCGAAAGCAUGGGAUUUGGUUUAUACGAAGCAAUAUUGAUGGAUAUGUACGACUCAUCAUCAGGAAAAUUCAUACAUCCAUUGAAUAAUAAAAAGCUUACAUUGGCUGAAGCAAUUCAAAUCGAAAUGAUCGAUCCACUUACGUCGAUCGUAAAGAAUACUAAAUCGAACAAAUAUGUUCUUUUGGCCGAAGCAAUUUCUGAUGGAAUUAUCGACGACAUUCGUGGUACAUACAAUAUCUCUGAAAUCGACAAGGUAAUGAAUUUACAAGAGGCCAGAAAAAAAGGUUUCAUAGUAACAUCCAAAACUCCACUUUCGAUAGAGGAAGCAGUGAAGUGUGGUCUUUAUCGCGGUGACAGUGGCAAAUUUGCAAAACCCACAGUUAAUGAAUUUUACGAUUUAGUCCAAGCUCUUUCGGUCGAAUUAAUUGAUCCUGACACAACUGCAUUAAAAGAUGCUACUACAGGACAAAUAAAAUCUUUACAAGUUGGUAUCGAUGAUGGAACGAUAGAUGUACCCAGAGGCAGAGUACUCGAUCCUAAAACCAAACGAUCUUACAACAUAGACGUUGCCUUCGAACGUGGAUUAUUAGUGACCGUAGAAAAACCAUUGACUCUUCAAUCACAAAGAUCUUCUUUGGAUGAACAAAAAGGAUCUACCAAAGAAAGUAAUACGAGAGAAUGUACAGUCGAAGAAGCUAUCAAAUAUGAAUUUAUUAAUCCAAAUGUAUCGGUCGUUAGAGACCCAAGAAAUGGAAGGUUCACAGUUUUGAAGAAAGCCCUUGCUGAAAGAAUCAUCGAUCCUUCGGAAAAAGGAACGAUCGAACCACAAGUUGGAAAAUUAUCGAGCAGAUGCAUACGUUUCGGUGAAAAUACUGUUUUCCUAUUACCACCUUUGUCAUUUGAAGAAACAUUAGAGAAAGGACAUCUUUCUUUCGAAACUGGAAAGGUAACAGAUCCAAAUAGCAAUGAACAAAUAACUUUGAAAGAAGCCGUCACUCUUGGUAUCAUUGAUCCAGAUUCAGCAUUGAUAAAAGAUGCUCAAAAGAAAAAAUUAGUUAGAUUGCCGGAAGCUUUCAGGAAAGGGAUGAUGGACCCGGAAAAAGGCAAUGUCUUAGAUACGGAUACAUCUAAAUUAUAUACCUUAUCUAAAGCCGUAGAAAUUGGUUUAGUUAUGACUCCCAAACAAGGCUUUUCGUUCAUCGAAGCUCUCGAGUUUGGUCUUUAUAAUCCAACAACUGGUAGCUAUCACGAUCCAUUCUUAAUAACUUCGGUAUUAGAAAGAAAACGCUUGACUUUAGCAAGUGCAAUAGAAGGGGGUUUAAUAGAUCCGUCUACAACAGUGAUCAAAGAUCCUAUUAGUGGUAAUAUCGUAAGUUUGUUGGAAGCUGUAAAUAGUGGGAAGGUAGAUAGUGUGGCGGGCAGGUUUUUUGAAGAUCCAGAGGGAAAGAGUAUCGACUUCGUGAAGGCCAUGGAACGUGGUUAUAUACUCACCGCAGAAGCGAGGCAAGCGGUUGAAGAGAAGUAUAAAUUGUGCGAUGAAACGUUAUCCAAACUCCUUCAAUGGAUAUCCGAGGUCGAAGAUAAACUUGCCAAUCAAGAUACCGUCAGAGAAGAUAUCGAAGAAUUAAGAAAUCAAAUAAACAUCAUGAAAGAAAUAAAGGAGGAUUUAGAAUCUCAUGGACGUCAAGUUUCAUCUUGUCUGGACCAAGUUCGUCAAGUCGUUUUAACAGGUAGCGACGUAUUGUCGAGUGAUGAGGUAUCGACAUUAGAAAAAAGUGGCAGAUCACUUAAAACAAGAUUCGACAAAACUACUGAUCGUGCUGAUAAGUUAGUCAGACGAUUGGUAGGAGCCAGAGACGAAUUAUGCAAAUUCAAAAACGAACUCUCAACAUUCUCCGUAUGGUUGGAUAAAGCAUGUCGAACAUUAGAAAACAAGGAAAGAUCUUUAUCGGAUUUAAAUAAAUUAAGCAGCAGUGCAGACACCACGCGCGAUUUCAUCAGCGACGUUAUAGCUCAUCAAGCAGACCUUAGAUUUAUAACCAUGGCUGCACAGAAAUUCGUCGACGAAAGCAAAGAAUACUUGCAAAUUUUGAACGACUUUAGAACAAGUUUGCCACAAAGAUUACCUCAUAAAGAGCCAACAGCCAGUCAAGAUUCGCCAGUAAGACACGAGGUCUCUCUUGUAACGACACAAUACAAGGAUUUGUUAACGCGUGCCAAUCAAUUGUCAGAUAGAUUGUCAGGAGUUGGUGGAAAGCAACGUGAUUAUAAUGAAUCAUUAGAAAAGGCAAAUACGUGGUUAAGGGAAGUAGAACCAAAAGUGCAUCGUAUUAUAUCCGAGGCUAUUGCAGCCGAGCCAAAACAAGUGGAGGAUCAAUUGAACAAAGCAAAAGCAUUGAACAACGAAUUACUAGCUAAUGAACGUUUAAUAGACGCAGCGAAAAAUGGCGUCGAUGCUCUACUUAGAUCGCUUGAUGGACAAUUGACUCCACAGGAAGUCGAUGCACUUCAGGAUCCAGUUAGGGUAAUCGAAGAUAAGUACAGACAACUAAGCGAGGCUUUGCAAGUUAAAUGUCAAGAAUUGGACACAGCGUUGGUGCAAUGUCAAGGUGUUCAGGAUGCUUUAGAUGGUUUGGUUGUAUGGUUGAACAAUGCUGAAAGUCAGUUCAAGAAUCUUCAACGUCCUGCAAGUUUGCAAAAAGAACAUCUCGAAGAACAACAAAGAGAACAGCGUCUACUUCAAGCAGACUUGGAUAGUCAUCGUUUAAGCGUAGAUGCCAUUGCUGCAAGUGCCCAAGAUCUUUUAUUAAAUUCAAACAAUGUUCGCGUUGCUAAACGUAUCGAGGGUAAACUGAAAGAUGUACAAAGUAGAUUCGAAAAACUUAUGGACAAGUCUUUACGUCGCGGAGAAUUCCUCGACGAUGUUUCUCAAGCUCUUAAUGAAUUCCUUACUGAAACAUCUAAAUUUGAAACGUGGUACUCGCAUAUGAUCGAGUCACUUGAAUCUAGAGAAUUAAAUAAACUCGAUGUAUCUGAGUAUGAAAGUAAAAUGGCAGAAUUGAUCGAUAAACGUGAAGAUCAUAGAGGUCAUUUCGAAGAUCUCAUUCGAAAUGGAAAGAAUUUGGUUUCUAAAAAAGAUAUUACUGAAGCUACUGCUAUUAGAGAUAAGAUCAAGGUACUUGAAUCUCAAUGGAAAGAAAUGAACAAUCUUCUUGACGAAAAACAAAGACUUAGUAAAUCGAGAGCAGAACAAUUAUCAGCCUAUGAAAAGUUACGUGAUCAAGUGAUAGAUUGGUUGACACGUACAGAAAAUAAAUUACAGAGAUUGGAGCCAGUAGCUGUUGAUUUAGAAAAACUGAAGAAGCAAGUUGAGGAAUUGAAACCUAUACAAAAAGAAUAUCGUGAUUAUGGUGGUACCGUUGAUAAAAUAAAUGAUCUUGGUAUAACUUAUGAUAGUUUAUUGAAGGAACGUGGUGAAAGUCCAACUCGUCGUCGUGGUAGCACUAGCCCUACGAAAAGACCAGUCCGACGAAUGUCACAAGACGGUCGUUCACCAUCUCCUACAAAAGGCUACGCGCUACAAAGUCCGGUAUCUCCAGGUGGUAGCAGUGGAUUCAGCAGCCGACGGUCUAGCCAGGAUGGUUUCCAUUUGGAAGAUUUAUCGCCUGUUCAGCAACAAUUAUCAGAAAUCAAUAAUAGAUAUGGUUUACUAGGUGUGAGAUUAUCUGAUCGGCAAACAGAUUUGGAUAAUGUUAAAGAAGAGUUAAGAAAACAUUUGGAUAAUUUGAAAGCACUUUCUCUCUUCCUGGAUAAGAUUCAACGCCAACUCCCGAAAGAAAGUAUUCCAACAAUUAAAGAUGAAGCAGAUAAAACUGUAAAACAGAUAAAAGUGAUCGUUGAAGAGAUGUAUGAAAAGCAAUCAUUAUUAGAUAGUACAAGGACCCAAGUGCGUGAUUUGGUUAGGCGUAAGAAGGGAGCUGAUGGUAGCGAUAGGCUUAACGAUGAAAUGGAAGAUGUGGCAAGUCGUUGGAAGUCAAUUUCUGAUAGAUGCAAGGACAGAAUUAAAUUUUUGGAGGAUAUUAAAGAUUUCUACGAUACUUUCGACGGUCUCAAUUCUUGGCUUGGUGCAAAGGAAAGAAUGCUGGGUGCGUUAGGUCCGAUAUCGUCAGAUCCAAGAAUGGUUUCUAGUCAAGUCCAACAAGUUCAAGUACUCAGAGAAGAAUUCAGAACCCAGCAACCGCAAUUGGAUCAUUUGGUUCAAGUUGGUGAAAAUGUUCUUGCCAGAAUAUCUGCCGAUUCGCCGGACGGUCAAAAGAUUAGUACCAAGUUGCAUAGUAUUUUACAAAGAUGGGCAGAUCAACUCAGUCGAUUGGACGAACGUGGACAGAGUUUGGGUGAUGCAGUUGGUACCAGUCGUGAAUUCGACGCUAGCCUUAAUCGUUUACGUGACGCUCUUCAAACGAUUUCAGAUAAUUUGGACGAUUUACCUCUCGAUAAAGAUCCUGAGGAACAGUUACGUAAGAUCGAAAAUUUGGAGAGACAAUUGGAAGGACAGAGACCGUUGUUAGCCGAUGCCGAAGCAGCUGGUGGACAAUUGUGCGAGGUAUUAAGUGAUCCAGCUUCGAAAUCAGAGAUCCAUGGUAAACUUACAGCUGUUGGAAAAUUAUAUGUCAACUUGCAAAAGAAAUUAGAUCAUAGAAAAGCUGAAAUCGAAGGUAAUCUUAGAGAUGGUCGACAGUUUGAAGCUUCCUGUAGCAAAACUCUUGGUUGGCUUGCCGAUGAACUUGGAAAUAUGUCUGAAAAAUUAUUGGUUUCGGCUGAUCGAGAAAUAUUGCAACAACAAUUGGAUCAUCACGAGCCAGUAUAUCGUAAUGUAAUGGGUAAAGAACAUGAGGUCAUUAUGUUGCUAAACAAAGGACGUGACAUUAUUGCACGUUCGCAAAAAUCUGAAAAUCGUUCUCUUCAACGAGAUCUUGAUAAAAUGCAAUCUCAAUGGGAUCGUUUGAAAAAGGAUACACUCGAUAGACACACCAAACUUCAAACUUGCGCAGAACAUUGUAAAAAGUAUUAUAGAGCACAGGAUCAAUUUUUACCGUGGUUGAGACAGGCUGAAGAUAAGUUAGAAAGCUUAAAGCCAGCAUCCUUCAAACGCAAGGAUAUUGAAAAACAAUUGAAAGAAUUGUCAUCGUUCAGAAACGAAGUAUGGAAACGUUCUGGUGAAUUUGAAAAUAACAAAACUCUAGGGGAAUCCUUCCUUGGUGCUUGUGAUAUCGAUAAGGAAAUAGUUAAAAAUGAAUUGAAUGCCAUGAAAACAAGAUGGGACAAAUUGAAUAAUGAUCUUUUAGAAAGAACACAGUCUUUGGAAGAUACCGCACGUCAUCUUACAGACUUCGUAGAAAAUCUUCGUGAUUUGAAACAUGAUUUACAACGUUGCGAAGACAAACUAGCUUCUCAUGAUGCUCUUGGUGGAGCAUCUAAAGAUCCAAAGCUUCUCGAUAGAAUUAAGAAUUUACGAGAAGAAACAGCUAGCUUGAAGAAACCUUUGCAAGCAGUACGCAAACAGGCCAAUGAUUUAGUAAAGAAAGCUGAUGAACAAGGAAUAGAUGCAACACAUUUGCAAGAUGAAGUUGACAAUGUAACCGAUCGAAUCGAUGACUUGCAAGCGAAAUUAGACGAUAGGUGUAACGAAUUACAGAGUGCGGCUACUGCAAUGGCACAAUUUAAUGAUCAUGUCAAGAUCAUUAAUCAACAUUUAGCUUCUAUAGAAAAGGAAUUAGAUUCGAUGAAAGCACCCGGACGAGAAAUUAAAAUUGUUAGAGGACAGAUCGAAGACAUCAGUAAAAUCAUUCAUAAAGUUAAUAAACUCUGCGAUGAUGCUAAUGAUCUUGAAAAUCUUGGUGAACGUUUGGUUGACAGUGGCUUCGCUGCUGAUUCUGUAGCAACCAGGCAACAAAUUGAAAGUCUUAAACGACAAAUUGGAAAACUCGAGGAACGUGCACGUAACAGGGAAGAAGAAUUAAGUACUGCAUUGAAUAAAUUGCAAGAAUUUUAUCAAGCUCAUGGAAACGUUAUAGAUGAAAUAGCUGAAACUAAUGAUCAAGUUAGAAAAUUCAAGCCAGUUGGUUCAGAAGUCGAUUCGAUCAAAGCACAGCAAGAAGAUUUCAUGGCACUUAAGAUCAAUAAAAUUGAACCCAUUUCUCGCAACGUUGAUUUAUGCAAUGUUCUUGGUCAGGGACUUAUUCAAACUGCAGGUCGUGAUGUUAGCACCACGAACAUUGAAAAGGAUCUUGAUAAAAUGAAUGAUAGAUGGAAUGAUCUAAAGGAUAAAUUGAACGAGCGUGACAGAAAAUUAGAUGUAGGUUUACUACAAUCUGGUAAAUUCCAAGAAGCUUUAAAUGGCCUCGAAAAGUGGUUAACCGAUACCGAAGAAAUGGUUUCUAAUCAAAAACCACCGUCGUCUGAUUAUAAGGUGGUCAAGGCACAACUUCAAGAACAGAAAUUCUUGAAGAAGAUGUUAAUGGAUCGACAAAAUUCAAUGUCAUCUUUAUACAAUAUGGGCCAAGAAGUAACAGCUGGUGCAGAUACGAAGGAACGCAAAGUUAUCGAGAAACAAAUGAAGAAUUUGAUGGGUCGAUUUGAUAAUUUAACAGAAGGUGCUGCAGAAAGAAUGGAUGCUUUAGAACAGGCUAUGGCCGUGGCUAAACAAUUCCAAGACAAAUUAAUACCACUUGCUACGUGGCUGGAUAAAACAGAAAAGAAAGUUAGAGAAAUGGAAUUGGUACCAACCGAUGAGGAGAAAAUCCAGCAACGUAUUUCCGAACAUGCUGUACUUCAUAGUGACAUACUCUCGAAAAAACCAGACUUCAGCGAAUUAACCGACAUAGCUAGUCAACUGAUGGCUCUUGUAGGUGAAGAUGAGGCAGCUGCCUUGGCGGAUAAACUUCAAGAUGUUGCUGACAGAUACGCUGCACUUGUUGAACGUUCAGAAGCACUUGGUGAACUUCUGCAACGUUCGAGACAAGGCUUACGACACUUGGUUCUUACCUAUCAAGACUUACAGGCUUGGAUGGAAGGCAUGGAAGUUAGGCUUUCAAAAUAUAGAGUAUUGGCUGUUCAUACGGAAAAACUUUUACAACAAAUGGAAGAUCUGGCAGAUCUAACAGAAGAAGUGUCUACAAGACAGACAGAAGUAGAUAGUACAACAGAUUCAGGGCUGGAAUUGAUGAAACAUAUUUCUAGCGACGAAGCUCUCCGACUAAAAGACAAAUUAGAUUCAUUGCAACGUCGUUUCAAUGACUUGGUUACACGUGGAUCAGAUCUUCUGAAACACGCACAGGAAGCUUUACCAUUGGUCCAGCAAUUCCAUGACAAUCACAAUCGUCUCAUGGAUUGGAUGCAAGGAGCAGAAUCAGCUUUACAAUCUGCUGAAACUCGCGAGGAUGAAAUUAUAAGACUCGAAAUGGAAAUUUCAGAAUACAGGCCUAUUCUCGAUAAAAUCAAUGCGGUCGGUCCACAAUUGUGUCAAAUAUCUCCGGGAGAAGGUGCUGCUACCAUAGAAGGCUUGGUAACCAGAGACAACAGAAGAUUCGAUGCAAUUGCUGAACAAAUUCAGAGGAAAGCUGAAAGGAUUCAAUUGAGCAAGCAACGAUCUCUGGAAGUUAUCGGGGAUAUCGAUGAUCUCCUCGAUUGGUUCAGAGAAGUUGAUAAUCAAUUACGUGAAGCUGAGCCACCGAGUAGCGAGCCCGAGAUAAUAAGAGUUCAACUGAAAGAACACAAGGCUCUGAACGAUGAUAUAUCCAGUCAAAAAGGCCGUGUUCGUGAUGUCAUUUCAACAGCUAAGAAAGUUAUUCGUGAAAAUGCUCAUCACGAAGAUACAUCAACGAUACGAGAUAAAAUGGAGGACCUUCGAGAAACAAUGGAAAUUGUAUCAGGUCUUUCCUCUGACAGAUUGGGUGCUUUGGAACAAGCUUUGCCAUUGGCUGAACAUCUUCGUGAUACUCAUGCAGGUCUUGUGAGUUGGUUGGAAGAAGCUGAACAACAAGUUGCUAUGUUACCUAUGCCUGCUUUGAGACCAGAUUUGAUAGCAGUUCAGCAAGAUAAAAAUGAAAUUCUUAUUCAGAGCAUUAACGAGCACAAACCUUUGGUAGAAAAACUUAACAAGACUGGUGAAGCUUUGAUCAAACUAUGUAACGAGGAAGAAGGUUCGAAAGUUCAAGAUAUUGUGGACAAUGAUAACGCUCGUUAUGCGGCUCUAAGAUCAGAGCUAAGAGGUCGUCAACAAACGUUGGAACAAGCAUUGCAAGAAUCUUCACAGUUCUCUGACAAAUUGGAAGGUAUGUUACGAGCAUUAACAUCAACUGCUGAUCAGGUACAUGGUGCUGAACCGGUAAGUGCACAUCCACCAAGACUACGAGAUCAAAUGGAAGAAAAUGCUGCAUUGGCCGAAGAUUUAGCUCAAAGAUCGGAAGCUUAUGCCGCUGUAAGGAAAGCUGCUGAUGAUGUUAUCAGUAAAGCAGGGAAUAGAGCUGAUCCUGCUGUUAAAGAUAUCAAACGUAAACUUGAUAAACUGAAUCAAUUAUGGACGGAUGUACAAAGAGCAACUACAGAACGUGGUCACACCUUGGACGACACCUUGUCGAUCGCAGAGAAAUUCUGGUCAGAAUUGAAUGGGGUAAUGUCAACUUUGAGAGAAUUGCAAGAUGCUCUAGCUGGACAAGCACCACCAGCGGCUCAACCAGCUGCUAUACAACAGCAACAAGUAGCUUUACAAGAAAUCAGACAGGAAAUCGAUCAAACCAAACCUGACGUAGAACAAGUAAGAGCAUCUGGUCACGAAUUGAUGGGCCUGUGUGGUGAACCAGACAAACCAGAAGUACGAAAGCACAUCGAAGAUUUGGAUCAAGCCUGGGACAACGUCACUGCCCUUUACGCUAGACGCGAAGAAAAUCUUAUCGACGCCAUGGAGAAGGCCAUGGAAUUCCAUGAAACCCUUCAGAAUCUUUUGGAAUUCUUACAGGAAGCUGAAGAUAGAUUUGCUGACAUGGGUCCCCUUGGUAGUGACAUAGAUGAAGUUAAAACUCAGAUCAAACAGUUGUCAAACUUUAAAGCUGAGGUUGAUCCACACAUGGUGAAGGUCGAAGCAUUGAACAGGAGUCUGACAAGACAAGCAGCUGAACUGACAGAAAGAACAUCGUCCGAACAAGCAGCAGCUAUUAAAGAACCAUUGGGCGCUGUUAACAAACGUUGGGACGGAUUGCUCAGGGGUGUUGUAGAGAGACAAAGACUUUUAGAGAAUGCUUUGUUACGAUUAGGACAAUUCCAACAUGCUCUUGAUGAGUUGCUCGUUUGGAUCGAUAAGACGGAUAGAACGUUGGACAAUUUGAAAGCAGUUGCAGGAGAUCCGCAAGUUAUCGAGGUCGAAUUAGCUAAACUGAAAGUCUUAGUUAACGAUAUCCAAGCGCAUCAAACUAGUGUCGACACGUUGAACGAUGCUGGCAGACAAUUGAUCGAAGAUGGAAAAGGUACAACCGAGGCUUCAACAACGGCAGAAAAAUUAGGUACGCUAAAUCGCCGUUGGAGAGAUCUACUUCAACGAGCGGCUGAUCGGCAAAGAGAAUUGGAAGAUGCUUUGAGAGAGGCACAAUCGUUCACUGCUGAAAUACAAGAUCUUUUGUCGUGGUUAGGCGAUGUUGAUAAUAUGAUAGUAGCAUCGAAACCGGUCGGUGGUUUGCCUGAAACAGCGUCGGAACAAUUGGAACGAUUUAUGGAAAUUUACAACGAAUUGGAACAAAAUCGGCCAAAGGUAGAAACUGUCUUACAACAAGGACAGGAAUAUAUGAAACGUGCCGAUGCAAGUAGUGCUGGUGGUUUGAAUCAUAAUCUUCGAACCUUGAAACAGAGAUGGGACAAUGUCACUGCACGAGCGAGUGAUAAGAAAAUCAAAUUGGAAAUUGCUUUGAAGGAAGCAACAGAGUUUCAUGAUGCUUUGCAAGCGUUUGUUGAUUGGCUUACGAAUGCAGAAAAGAUCCUAACGAAUCUCAAACCAGUUUCCAGAGUCAUGGAGACUAUAUUAGGUCAAAUAGAAGAGCAUAAACAAUUUCAGAAGGAUGUUGGUGUUCAUAGAGAAACUAUGUUAAAUUUGGAUAAGAAGGGAACGCAUUUGAAAUACUUCUCACAAAAACAGGAUGUGAUACUUAUUAAAAAUCUAUUGAUCAGUGUUCAACAUAGAUGGGAACGUGUUGUGUCAAAGUCAGCCGAGAGAACUAGAGCACUCGAUCAUGGAUAUAAAGAGGCAAGAGAGUUUCACGAUGCAUGGUCGAAUUUGCUCAAUUGGUUGGACGAAACUGAGAAGACCUUGGACGAAGUUGCUGCUGAUGGUCUUGGUGGAAAUGAUCCAGAAAAGAUAAAAUCGCGUCUUAACAAGCAUCGCGAGAUACAGAAAGCUUUGAGCGCUAAGCAAGGUACGUAUGAUACGACCAUGAAGAAUGGUAAAACUUUGAAGGACAAGGCACCGAAGGCCGACGAGUCUGCUUUGAAGGAAUUGUUGAACGAAUUGAAGAACAAAUGGACGACAGUUUGUUCAAAGUGCGUUGAUAGACAAAGAAAGUUGGAGGAAGCGUUAUUGUUCUCUGGACAAUUCAAGGAUGCCAUUCAAGCGCUUCUCGAUUGGCUUGGCAAGAUGGAAAAACAUUUAUCGGACACUGGACCAUUGCAUGGUGAUUUGGACACCGUAACGAAUCUGGUCGAACAACAUAAAACUUUCGAAAAAGAUUUAGAAUCACGCGAAUCACAAAUGGAGUCGGUCAUCAAAACUGGUCGUGAAUUAGAAUCCAAAGCUUCGGCAGAGGAUGCUUCCCUGAUAAGAUCUCAAUUAUCAGAACUUAACAGUUUAUGGGACACCGUAACACGUCUGUCAUCAAAGAAAACCGCAAAAUUAGAGGAAGCUAUCAGAGAAGCCGAACGUCUUCACAAAGCGGUCCAUGUUUUGUUAGAAUGGUUGAGUGACGCCGAAAUGAAACUUAGAUUCGCUGGGCAAUUACCAGAGGAUGAACAAGAGAGUAGAAACCAAUUGAUGGAACAUGAGAAAUUCCUUCGUGAAUUGAAAGCUAAGGAAAUUGAAAAGGAUAAUACUUUGGAAUUGGCUCAUAUUAUCUUAGGUAAAGCUCAUCCCGAUGGAGCUGCCGUUAUCAAACAUUGGAUAACCAUUAUUCAAUCUAGAUGGGAAGAAGUUGCUAUUUGGGCUCAACAAAGAAAUCAAAGACUUGAAAAUCAUAUGCGUGGUCUUCAAGAUCUUGAUAAUCUCCUAGAGGAAUUAUUGGCUUGGUUAGAAGGAUUAGAAAAUACUUUGAAUGCCCUCGAAAGCGAACCACUUCCAGACGAUCGUCCGACUCUCGAAAUGCUCAUUGCUGAUCAUAGAGAAUUUAUGGAAAAUGCAAGUAGAAGACAGAACGAAGUAGAUCGUGUCUGUAAAGCAAGACAAAUCAAAGUAACGAAGGACGGACGAAAAGUGCCAAAAGCUAAAUCACCUGCACCAGUUAAGGAUCAAUAUCAAGAUGUGGAACAAGAACAACCUCCUUCCAGAAAACAAAGCCGAGCCAGCCCGGGUCGCGAGAGGACGCCAGAUCUUUCAUUGCCACACAUUGGUCCACGCUUCCCACCAAAAGGAAGUAAAGGCGCAGAACCAGAAUUCCGUAGUCCAAGGGUGAAACUCCUGUGGGACAGGUGGCGUCACGUUUGGAUGUUAGCUUGGGAACGUCAACGUCGUCUACAGGACAAAUAUAAUUAUAUUCAGGAGUUGGAUCGUGUUGCUAACUUUAGCUGGGAAGACUGGCGCAAGAGAUUCCUGAAGUUUAUGAAUCAUAAGAAAUCUCGACUGACGGAUCUCUUUAGGAAAAUGGAUAAGAAUAACGAUGGGCUUAUACCUCGUGAAGAUUUCAUUCAAGGAAUUAUGAAUACCAAAUUUGAAACGUCUCGAUUGGAGAUGGGUGCGGUUGCAGAUCUAUUUGAUCGUCACGGAGAAGGUUUGAUAGAUUGGAAAGAGUUUAUUGCUGCUUUGAGACCAGAUUGGGAAGAACGACGUACUUAUAAUGAUACUGAUAAGAUACAUGACGAAGUUAAACGAUUGGUUAUGUUGUGUACGUGCCGGCAAAAGUUCAGAGUAUUCCAAGUUGGUGAAGGAAAGUACAGGUUUGGUGACAGUCAAAAACUACGUCUAGUCAGGAUAUUAAGAUCUACAGUGAUGGUUCGAGUAGGAGGUGGUUGGGUAGCAUUAGACGAAUUCCUUUUGAAAAAUGAUCCAUGUCGCGUUUUUCUAAUGCCAAUACCGGAUCCUAACAAACCGGAACAACAUGAGGGCUGGUGUCCGCUCGCCAAGGGAAGAACCAAUAUCGAGCUGAGGGAGCAAUUCAUAUUGGCGGAUGGUGUCAGCCAGACAAUGACAGCAUUCAGGUCGAAGCCAAGCCCAACAUCGACCCUUCAACGUACGCAAAUGUCCUCAGCUGGACCCAUCACCAAGGUGAGAGAACGAAGCGCACGAAGCGUACCAAUGGGUCAAUCAAGAGCAUCCCGUUCAUCCCUAAGUGCAGGUACACCAGAUAGUUUGAGUGACAACGAAGGUUCAUUCAGAAUAUCUGCUAGAAAAACUAGCACACCUUAUAGAAGUAAUCUCACACCAGGUGGUAGCCGACCUUCGAGUAGACCAGCCUCAAGGCCAGCUUCGAGACCAACAAGUAGGCCAGGUAGUAGGCCAGCUUCAAGACAAGGAAGUAAACCACCAAGUCGUUAUGGUUCCACACAAUCAUUAGAUAGUACAGACGAAGCAGGUACACCAAGUCGCAUUCCUCGUAGAACCGCCGUAGGUACAACAGGCAACACACCAACGUCUAGCAGACAUAAUAGCAUUUCUGGUAGGCGAUUAGGUACACCUGUCAACGGAGCCAGUUCUAGACCACGUACACCAACUGGUCUGGUUAGUCCAGCUAGUGGUAGUGCAACGUCUAGGUUUGGCUCAAUCCAUAGAGCUUCGAGCAUACCAACCCUGACUGGUGUCGGAACACCGAUCAGCCGCUCUAGGAUACCUGUUUAUGUGGGAAUGGACAUAAAAUCCCCUCAAUCAACAACCAGCAAUAUUUCAACUCAUUCGACACAAAGCAACCAUUCUACAAUUUCUACUGAUUCUACUGGGAGCAGUUCCAUCUGUACAAAUUCAGCAACUAACAUCCCAUUGGCUGUUAAACACGCUAGAACACGAACACCGUCCAGUGGUUCGAGCACACCACUACCACCGUCUCUGAAAUUAUCAAGAAAACCAUCAGGAGCAUCGGACACUUCAGUCUCAAAUACUACGUCAAGUGGAACUCGUAAAGGGAAACCAACGCCUAUCGAUCAAAGAGCACCUUUCCGAUUGUAAUCUCGACAAUUUCUUUUUUGCCUAACAAUAAUCGAAUAUUUAUCGAGGAGCUUUUUAUCUUAUCCUACGUGUUUGCCUAUCGAAGGAAAAAGAGAAUAAAAAAAAAAAAAUAAUAAUAAUUCUCUUGCUUUUCCAUGCCAAAUACACGUUAGUAUAAAUAAUCUGAGUAAUCGCGUAAGAUCAAUUGAAGGAAAAAAAAAGAAAAUGAAAGAAAUUAUUAGAAAUUAAAAAAAAAAAUAAAAAAAAAUAAAAAAAAUAAUAAAAUAAAGAAAGCUAUAUAUCACGAAGGAAUUAUAGAAUUACGAGAAUGAUAAAAGAGAUUGAAAGAGAAUGCUUACAAUUUAUCCGGGUACUGAUAAA